UAUUUUGCGACACAACGUACAGCCACCGGCUCGCCGUCGCUGUCUCAUCUCCGCUGAUAUACAACAGUUAACCGUGUAGAAUAAAAAACAGAAAACAAGUCCCCAGUGUUUACAGACAACUGCUCACAAUGUGAUACAAUGCUCCAAUCGUCUGAGACUCAAACACCAGCUUUCUUGGUGAUCCGGAAGACGUCGUAUUGUUGCAUGAGCAAGCGUUGCUGACUGGAAUCCACACAGACGGACACUAUCAUCUCAUUCCUGGGCUCCUGUAAGAGCCCCUCUUUGCUCCAAAACUAAAUGAAGCUUACCAAAAAGCCACACUCUCAGAGGACUGCACCUACAACUAGGACUCCUGUGCACUGUGCUGGGCUCAAGUAGCCCAUCCAUGCCUGUGAUCCCUAUCCCACGGCGGGUGCGCAGCUUCCAUGGCCCCCACACCACCUGCAUGCACUCGGCCUGUGGGUCCACGCACGCUUCCAAACUUGUGCGCACCAAGUACAAUAACUUUGACCUCUACCUGCGCUCGCGCUGCAUGUACAGCUUCCUCCGGUUCCUCCUCUACUUUGGGUGCAGCUUGCUGACCUCUCUGCUCUGGGUGGCGCUCUCUGCUCUCUUCUUCCUGCAGUAUGUCAGUGUGCGGGUUCUCCUGCGGCUGCAGUACAAACUGUCUGUCAUUCUGCUUUUGCUAGGGCAUCGGCGCCUGGACUUUGGGGUGCUCAAUGACCUGAUCAUUUACAGCAUGCAGAUCACUAUGUUCCUGGUGGGGGGUCUUGGCUGGUGCUUCAUGGUGUUUGUGGACAUGUAGCUAUAAUGUAAGCGGCCUGGGAGAUGUAAAGUGCAAUGUGGAUGCUUCACACAACAACUUCAGCUUUCUGUGUGGUUGAAAGACUCUUGAUGUCAACCCUAUUUUAUUGGUUUAGUUAAAAUAUAUGACGGAAUCCAAUAAGAAUGUGUGUAACAACUAGGUGGAUGGUCGUUUAACAAUAUUGAUCCUGUAUAUCUCAGAUAGAACCAUCAAAAAUGAUGCAUGAAGUCAGUCUGAACAUGACACUUAUAGGACUCUCAACAGAGUAAUAGGUUCAAAAUAUAUUCAAAUUCAAUUGACAUUUCAUGCCAUUUGUACAAACAUUUUGAAAGGAGUCUUGACUCAGAACUAAUUUGUUUAUAAUAAUCCAAAUGAUAAAUGUUGCAUGGAGGAGUGACUGAACAUAUGACUGUUGUCGUCAUGGCUGUGGGAUGCAAGACAGUCAUUUGUGCCAAAAAACCCAGAGUUGGGCUCCAAGCCUAAAAGUCUACCAUGAAUCCAAGGUUGAUAGUAUUACAGUUAUGUUAUAAACACAAUAUCAUGUAAACAUGUAUCACAGUAAAGUAUAUUUGGUUUAAGUGACCGAAAACAA